GUCAAAGUCAAGGUCAAAGGGGGUAAAUCUACGAGUUUACCCCUCCGUUCCCAUUAGCCGAUCAUGGAUUGGCUUCUUCCUCGCCCUCGGACGCUCCAAGAGAAGGCGAAGACAUGAACUGCCGGAGCCUGGAGGAGUUCUGGCCCGUCUACGUGAGCCAGCACUCGAAGCCCACCACGCGGCGCUGGCACUUCGCCGGCACCCUCUCCGCCCUCCUCUCCCUCCUCCUCGCCCUCGUCCUCGCCCGCUGGCCCUUCCUCCUCCUCGCCCCCAUCCUCGGCUACGGCCCCGCCUGGUGCAGCCACUUCUUCGUCGAGGGCAAUUCCCCCGCCACCUUCCGCCACCCGCUCUGGUCCCUCCUCUGCGACCUCAAGAUGUUCGCCCUCAUGCUCACUGGCCAGAUGAAUCGGGAGAUCAAGCGCCUCGGCAAGAGACCCGUGCUCCACGCCUUCUGAUCUUCUUCUGCGUCGAUUGGUCGAUCGGAUCCUCCAUCCGACCCACCUGCCCUCGUCGUUGGUAAAUUAUCCAUCAAACCCUAGCUCAAUUUGUCGCCGGCACCGUCUUAUUAAUUUCCCUUGUAUGAUUGGCAUACACCUACCUGAUGAUGUUGAUGAACGAAUUAUAGUCUAUCUAAAGUCUGAAUCUUACUAUUAGUAUUCUCUUGUUCC